CCCUCGGAAUAAUCCGGGGAAUCCCAGACAAGAAAAAUGAUUGUCGAUAUACCCGUGCCAGUAUUUAGAAUCGGCAGUAUAAUCGUGAUAUUCGUACAAUUAACUGUAUCGUAUACGAUGUCGAGUGAAAGUUACAAUUAUACCGAAGAAAGAAAUAAAAUUUUACAAGAAGAAAGAAUGAAAUUCAUAGGAAACGAUUUAAUUCUAACAGACAACGAAAUGAAAGCGAACGAGAUCAUUUUAAAAGUGAAAAAAACCGAGUUAAACGAAGGUUACGAUAACGAAUCGACUUUUUUGGCUUCCCAACAUUUUUUUAAAGCAAAAAAUAAAAUAGAACGAUCCGAAAUGUUUAACAUAAUAAAAAAAAUACCGAAAGGCGGUUCGUUGCAUACUCAUUAUCUAUCCGGAGUAUCGGCAGAUUUUAUUAUCAACAAUAUUACACACAGAAAAAAUAUUUAUGGAUGCGAUUUGAACGGUGUUUUUAAAUUACGUUUUUUCGAAGACGCUACAAAUGAUACGACUUGCAAUUGGAAAAAACUGGAAGAUUAUAGGAAAGAAAAUUCUAAUUUCGACGAUUGGUUACGGAAGCAAUUGAUAUUAGAUGUGGAAAAUCCGUACAAAGAGUAUCCAACGGCGGAUUCGGUAUGGGCGAAAUUUAAAAAAAUUUUUAGCACGCAAUACGACAUGGUAUGUUAUAAACCUGUUUUCGAACUAUUCAUUUAUCAACUUCUAAAUGAACUUUAUUCAGAUAACGUCAUCUACACGGAAUUACGAGGUACUUUCAUGCCUUUAUACGAAUUGAAUGGUAAAAUUUACAACAGUAAGGAAUUUAUGAAAAUUUUCAUAAACACAGUGGAAAGGUUUAAAAAAAAUUUUCCCGAUUUCGUGGGAGUUCGGUAUAUACAUUCGGUUUAUCGAGGUCUGACGAUCGAAAAUUUGACAUUACAACUCGACGAACUUACGGAAUUGAAAAAAUUGUUUCCGAAUUUCGUGGCCGGUUUCGAUUUGAUAGGUCGAGAAGAGGAAGGUCACUGUCUAUUUGAAAUCCAUCAACUUUUAUCGAAAUACAGCGAAAAUUUGAAGUUUUAUUUUCACGCCGGAGAAACUAACUGGUUCGGGCAUACCGAUCUAAAUAUAAUCGACGCUGUACUUUUGAACAGUUCCCGAAUCGGUCACGGUUUCGGUUUGAACAAACAUCCUGUAGUGACGCGGUUGGCUAAAGAUAAAAACAUUUGCGUGGAAUUGUGUCCGAUUUCUAAUCAAGUUUUGAUGUUGAUAUCGGAUCCCAGGAAUCAUCCGAUGAUCGGUUUGAUGGCGGAAGGGUUUCCCGUGGUAAUAUGUAACGACGACCCUUCGGCAUGGGAAACCAUAGGUUUGAGUUACGAUUGGUACGUCGCGUUUAUGGCGAUGACUUCCGAAAACGAUGGGAUACGAGUAUUGAAGCAGUUCGCUUUAAAUUCUAUUUUGUACAGCGCCAUGGAAGAUGAAGAAAAGGAAGUUGCUGUUCGGAUAUGGGAGAAAAGUUGGCAGGAAUUUAUUGAUUAUAUAAUUUUACACCAUAAAUAAAUUUCAUGUACGUAAAAUAUUACAAUUAAAUGGUUAAUGUCAA